GUCUACUUUUCUGUGUUUUGAUAGUAUCAACGUCUUUCUGUUGGUAGAUUUGUGUUCAUCCAGCUAAAAGGUUGAGACGGGGACUGCUGGCUGCCAUAACAGCAAUGCUAUCAAGGUGCAGUUCUACUUUGAAGGAAAGUAGGUUGAUGCUAUUGGUAAGUUGAUGGGUUAUUCUUUGAUUCUUGGAACUUUGAGUUGAUUAUGGAAGAGUGCAUAUGUUCAUGGGUUGCACAUCUGCCAGCUUUAUUGGCUGUUUAAGUAAGAUACAUAUUUGUUGAUGACAAUUGUGCAGGAGUGUCUCUUUGUCUUGGUUGUUGAUGACUCUGAAGAUAUUGCUGCAGCUUCCCAGGAGUUCCUUCAUCUAUUAUUUUCCACGCCAUGUGGCAAGCACUCUCUAAAAACUGAUAUAGCUCAGAUUUUUGCAAGGUCUGGAUUUGGUAUCAAAGGGUUUUAUAUUUCAAUCUAGUUUGAACUCUAUUUUACUCUAUUUUCUUUGUUAUGCCCUUUUCUUUACUAGGCUCAUCGAAAAGCUUCCAAAAGUAGUACUUGGAGGCAAGGAGUUGGCUGCUCUCUUCCAUGCACAACAGUUACUUGCUGUCAUUUAUUAUUCCGGGCCUCGGUUUAUGUUGGAUCACCUCCAAAAUCCGGUAGGUCGGAGCAUGCAUUUGUUUCUUCAUCUCUAAUGCUUCUUUAUUUUGGCACCUCAUCUUACGGCAAAGCCAAGAUAAUAACUUCUUUGCACCUUUGUGGGAGUGCCUAAAACAUUUUGAAUACUUCCCCACAUGCUAAGAAAAACCUGGUGUGAUGAUCUCUUGUUUCUCUUUAUUUCAAUUGCUCUACAACAGAGUAGAUGAAAGGUUAAAAUCAAUAAGGUGCUAGUUUCUUAUAAAUGACCUUAUCUUUUCUGUACUGGUCUUCGUAGGUGACUGCAGCAAGACUCUUGGAUGUUUUUGCCCUCUGUUUGGGUCAGAAUUCUGUAUAUACAGGCGCUCUUGAUAAGCUCAUGUCGACAUGCACAUCCUCGAUUAGUUUUCUUCCGUCUAUUUUGGAGUUACAAGGUGGUCCUGUUUCUUAUAGUUUCCAGAGUCUUAAGGAUAAUUCUCUUGCUAAUGUGUCAGAUAUGAGUGUUAGUGACGGGGAAAGAGUGGAGUACUCUUCUGAAACUCUGAAGAGUAGUUAUGGGCUUCCACGAAUGCCACCUUGGUUUGUCCAUGUUGGCCGUAAGAAGCUAUACGAUGCUCUGGCUGCAGUUCUCAGACUAGUAGGCUUAUCCUUACUAGCAGGUAAAUGCCGCUCUUGGUAUAUUUUUUGUUGCUUGAAUUGAAGUUUUACUCUGCUUGGUGCUUACUUUGAGUUAUACCCUCUUGUUGCUAGACAUGUAGACUCAACUUGGCUUAUGUCAGAUUAGAUGGAAUAACUGUUUUAUUACAAGCUUCUUAGUUUAGUUGGCGUCUUGUUGCACUUUGUUGUGUCAUGUUGGCUAUCAGGAGGAAUAACCAUUGUCUUACAAACCUCAAUAGUGUAGUAACCACUAACCAUGAGGCAUUUAUCUCCUUUUCUUGGCUGGUCAUUUUUGUUCAGAAAAACUAGUUACGUUCAUGGAUUUAGAAAUUCAUUGUUUCACUCGGUUUGCUCCCACAGGCCGUGAGGAAAUGCGCAAGUGUGAUAGCCAACGUGGUGCAAAUAUGCGGAGGGGACUUCUUCUCACGCAGGUUCCACACCGACGGUCCAUGCUUAUGGAAGCUCCUCUCCUCAUCUCCGUUCCAAAAGAAGCCCGUAAAAGAAGAACGAACACCGCUGCUCCUUCCUUACAGAAGCAAUCCUUCCACAGAUGAGUCGUCUUCCGUGGCAGAGAUCUCAAACCUGAAGGUCCAGGUGACGGUGCUUAACAUGAUCUCCGACCUGGCACGGAACAAGAGGAGUUCCACGGCACUGGAGAUAGUCCUGAAGAAGGUCAGCGGUCUAGUGGUGGGAAUAGCUUGCAGCAGCGUGGCAGGGCUCCACGAUGCCUCGAUCAAUGCCCUUCAUGGACUUGCGUCAAUGGACCCUGAUCUUAUAUGGCUUCUGGUGGCCGAUGUCUAUUACUCUGUGAAGAAGGAAGGAGAAGUUACUCCUCCCCCUGGAUCAGAUUUUCCGGAGCUGUCUCGGCUACUGCGCCCACCGCAGAAAGAUAAGUAUUACCUUUAUGUGCAGUAUGGUGGACAAAGUUACGGGUUUGGGAUCAACUUGGCCUCGGUAGAGAAAGUGUUCUUGAAAUUACAUUCCCUGGCUUUUCCUGACCAGCUGUAUUUAUGAUCUGAAAAUGGAGUGCACAAUAACCAAAUGUUAGUUAUUUAAAGUGCCUUGACGAAGGAGUCGUGGACGUAGAGCCUCAAGGGAGCGAGAUGAACGUUCUGAUACAAGGAGUAGAUCCGCCAGUGGUGGUGGAAGUCUCCGGCGGAUAGAUAAUUGUUAGCGCGCCUGUUUGGUUCUCCGAUCGUCUCCAUCUGAGACUGAGAGUGAGAGUGAGAGGGAGAAAUGGAGAGAAUGGGUUGCUAUCCGAAGAUGAGAUUUCAGAGACAGAGAGCAGCAAUGGCGGACAGUAGGAAUGGGAUUGCUGCUACUCUUCUUGCUGUUCACUGCCGGCGAAGUGAAAAGCAGAGCGGGAAAUGGGAUGUAGCUGAUAAACACUUGGCAUCGUC